AUGGCCUACUUAUUCCUUGCUGUUGCCUUCCUCUGCCAGCUGCUGAACCUGACAGCUGCUGCAACACUUCGCGUUGGUAUUCCCGCUUCCAUCGUGCUUCCGAACCCAAAUGCUCUACCAGCUUCUACCCAUGCGACUCUGACUUCUGGGACGGGAACACCCAUACGGGCUGUCCUCCGCAAGGGAAAUUACUUCGAGUUUCCCGAUAUCACGACAUUUGGUUCACAUCUACUGGAAGUCUAUAGCCGCGAUUAUGUCUUCGCACCCUACCGUAUCGACAUUGCGCCGUCCGAUUCCUCCUCUACAAUCAUCACGGGAGCCUGGGAGACAUACCGGGGCACGAAAUGGGAAGAUCGUGGGGUGGCGUUGGUGCCGGCGCCCACAGACCGCUUAGAGAUGUCUGUCAAGGUUCUUGCAAAGAAGAAUUUCUAUCAAGAACGCGAAGGAUUCAACCCACUAAGCUUACUCAAGAACCCGAUGAUCUUGAUGGGCGCUGUUGCUCUCGCAUUCACGUUCGGAAUGCCAAAGUUGAUGGAGAACAUGGAUCCCGAAAUGAAAGCCGAAUAUGAGGAUAUGCAAAAGAAGAGCCCCGUGGCUGGUCUCACGCAAGCAAUGCAGGGUGGAGGCCCAGCCAGCUCCGCAGGCGGGUUUGAUCUCGCUAGUUACCUUUCUGGAAGUGGUAAAACUACGACUACUGGAAGUGACAAAGGUUCCGAAGGUAUUCGAGAAAGGAAGCGAUGA